CUCACCUCAACAUAAUUUCACCGUCUCCAGACCGUCUAUGUUCUCACUCUCCCCUCCUCGAGAGGGUCUCCAUCACCGAAUUAAAUAAUCCCACCUUUCCUGCUCGUCGCCGCCAUCCCGACAUGUCUACUAUCCUCUACUUCGUCGAGUUCGGAGCUGCUGCUUACCUCGCCCUCACCCUGUUCUUCUACGCACUCUCCCUGCGGAUCCCCGCGGCUGGCUUUGUCGCCCGUCUCCUCGCAUCGUAUGUCUGUCUGAUCGCAUGCGCCUCCUAUGGAGUGGUAGCCUCCAUAUUCCUUCGCUUGGUCGCGUACGGAGGAAACUCGCAAUGGGCGACAGCGCGAGCCUUCAAAUAUGUAAUGUGGCUCACCACCGGCGUAACCUUCACAAUCGAAGACCCCAACGAUUACCUCAACAAGACACGACCUGCGGUAUUCAUUGGCAAUCACCAGACCGAGCUGGAUGUUCUGAUGUUGGGGUAUAUGCUCCCCAAAUACACCUCCGUUACCGCGAAGAAAUCCUUGAAGAAUUGGCCGUUCUUGGGCUGGUUCAUGUCUCUGUCUGGGACGGUCUUCAUUGAUCGUGCCAAUUCGACCAGCGCGAGGCAUGCGAUGACUAGUGCCGCGGAGGUGAUCACAAGAGACAAGCAGAAUGUCUACAUGUUUCCCGAGGGCACAAGAAGCUAUGCAAAGGAGCCCAUGCUGCUACCAUUUAAGAAGGGAGCAUUUCAUUUGGCAAUCCAAGCAGGUGUGCCAAUUGUGCCAGUUGUGGUUGCGAACUAUUCGAAUGUCCUCUAUUUGCAAGGGUGGAGGUUUAACUCCGGCUCAAUUCCCAUGAAGGUGUUGAAACCAAUCGAAACAAAAGGCCUAAAAACCUCGGAUGUCGAAGAUCUAACUCGGGAUACGAGAGAAUUGAUGCUUCGGGAGAUGGUUAGCUUGACUGCAAAAGCGCGAGGUCAACCAGUUGCGAUGCCAGUACAAAGCUCCGGAGACGGUGUAGUAAAAGCGAGUGGAGCGGAAGCUACGAUAUCAUAAAGGUUGACUGAACCGAAGAUAUAGAGUAGACGGCAAGAGUUACAGCCGGAAGUGGAUUCCAGCUGAAAAAGUGAUACAGAUCACGAAUACACACCCUGUGCAUGUUUGGAGUAUGGGAUUGCUUUACAUCAAGCAGUAUAUACCCCAUAGAUGUCUGAAAUAGCGACAAUUUGAUCUUUGUUUUCCAGAGAACUCUGUCAAACAGGCCUCGC